UGUAAGAUAUUACACUUGAUUGAUGCUCUCAGGAUGCCACCACUGUGUAAAAUUGCAGCUCCUCAGAUGACCUUUGUUAAAUUUCGGAAGGGCCAAGGAGGCCCUCCAUUGCAGCCAGAUGAAUUUUGAACCUGAGUUCUGAGUUCAUUCAUAAGCCACGGUUGGUGGUCAUCUACUUGUGUUCUGACAAACCACAAAGUUCAACUCCAGCUCCUCAGUUAUGAUCUUUUCAUGUUAUUUUAGAAUGUGGAACAUAUGCUGUGCACCUCUCUUUUCUGUAGUGAAUAUGACCAGCCCCUUCUGUUGUCUGACUUUUCUGUGACCCCUGGGCUUUCCUCAUGUUUAACACUCUAGUCUUCUCCUUUAAGUCCCCAUGGCCCCCUCCAAGGCCCUGACUUUGUCCCCUUUAUUCUUUGUGGUGCUAUACAGAUUGAUGCAUUUAAAUGACUUUUCCUGAUCAAGUGUUCCUUAGCUCUGUCCUUGAUGGAUGGGAAAUGGGAGGGCAAGAGUUUAAUUUCUUUAUUUCAGGGUAUCAAAUUGAAUGUAUAUUUAACAACUUUGUAAACUGUAAAGUGAUGUAAUUGUAAACUGCUGUUAAUUUUAUCUAAUAAUUACAUAAUUUCCAACAGUUAACCUGUCUACUUUUUGGAGUAAACAAACUUCUUAGCACUUGAGUCAGCCUAGUAGCACAGCGUGCCAUGAGACUGAAUUUUAUCCCAUUUCCUGUGUCAUCUCUGCACAAGUACAGGACACUCAUGCACACGCACACAUACUGGCUACAGAUGCAUACAACAGACCCUCCUGUUCACCUUGUUUUUGUGACCACGUCAGCAGCAUUUUUAGUUAAUUAUUUUUUACAGUUCUCAGGAAAUCAUUCUCAUAUUUGUGGGCUCAGCAGACUCCACCUGAAAUGUAAGCUUAUACACCUAAUUAGCUUAAUGUUUGGUGUUGUAAAAUAUGAACUUAGCAGCCCCACUAUCAAGUUCACAUCUUUUCCCCACAGCAGUAGCUCAGUUGUCACAGACAUCAAAACUUUGUUCCUUUGGGUAAGUGCUUUUACUAUAUAGUAGUAAACAUACAGAGUAUGAACAGCUGAAUAAAAGAAUAAAAAAGUAAGUAAAAAGUCAUAUUUUUCAUUAACAUAUCUAAAAAGAAGCAUGUUCUGUUGACAGCGAGUGAAUUACUGGCUGGAGGGUCAUACCCAAAGGGAAGUUAUCUGGCUUAGUGCCGGAGAUUAAGACCAGGAAAGUGGUCUGGAUUGCAUUUUAUACAGGGUCAGUGUGGCAGGUGUCCUAUUAGAUGACAUCAUUAGAAACAUGUCUAUCGGAAUUCUGGUUGUUAAGUAAGUUGAUAAAUCAGGAAAUGUUUGGCACAUACCCUUUGGUUUUUGAAAUUGAUGUCAUGAGGACAAAAAUUAUUUUGUAUAGAAUGUCUUUUACUACCAUGGCUAUUUACUAUUUUUUGAGGAGCCAGUGUGUUACGAGGUACUAUACAUAUCUCAUUUAGUACUUGCCAUAACCCUGUGAGCAAAUGUUACUUUAUUUUAUACCUGAGGAAACAGGCUCAAAAGUUAAGUGAUCCACUCAGGGUCAGAACUAGGCAUAGGACUCAGAUCUGAAUCUGAAGCUCAUGUUCUUUUUCAUUGUUUUGCCCCUUAGGACAAUUAGUCCAACCACAUAUGGUGUUUUGAGCUUUUGUUUUUGUUUUUUAAAGAUUUAUCCAUCUAAUUCUUUAGAGAGAGAGAGUGGUGGGGAGGAGCAGAGGGAGAGAAGGUCCCAAGCGGCCUCCGUGCUGAGUGCAGAGCCCGACAUGGGCUUGAUCUCACGACCCUAAGGUCACCACCCUGAGAUCACAAUCUGAGACAAAACUGAGUCAGAUGCUCAACCAACUGUGCCACCCAGGGACCUCACAUGUGGUUGUUUUAUAUUCUUACGGCUUUAUACUCUGAUGACAAUCAGAAAAAGCCAUGAAAAAUUGGACAGAUGGGCAUUAGGUUGUACAGUUUGGGAGCAGAAGGAACAUGCGUUCAAGAAGAAAUAAAAUUGUGUAGGAAUACAGUCCAUUAAAAUAGGUAUCUAGGGGCACCUGGGUGGCUCAGUCGGUUAAACAGCUGUUUUUGGCUCAGGUCAUGAUUCCAGGGUCAUAGGAUCGAGCCCUGUGUCAUGCUCCCUGCGCAGUAGGAAGCCUGCUUCUCUCUCUGCCCCUCCCUCCUGCUCUGCUCUCUCUCACUAUCUCUCUCAAAUAAAAAAAAAAAAAAAAUAGGUAUCUACAUAAGAACAAUAUUACUAAGGAGAGCUUUCUUUUGUCUAUUAAGGACCAAGAAGAAGGGCAUAAAGCUUCCAGGUGGCUAAAAUCUUAGCAUAACUGGUAUAAGCAAAAAAACAAAUAAUGAGGUGAAUUUUAAAUAAAUAAAAUUAUUUUAAAUAAAUAAUAAAGCUAAUUGGAGAACUGUCAAGGUUUAAAUUUAAAAAAUUAAAAGGUUUUGGGGCGCCUGGGUGGCUCAGUUGUUAAGCAUCUGCCUUCGGCUCAGGUCAUGAUCCCAGGGUCCUGGAAUCAAGCCCCGUGUUGGGCUCCCUGCUCAGCAGGAAGCCUGCUUCUCCCUCUUUCAUUCCCCCUGCUUGUGUUCCUGCUCUCGUUAUCUCUCUGUCAAAUAAAUAAAAUCUUAAAAAAAAUAAUAAAAUAAAUUAAAAGGUUUUAAUAAAAGAUUAAAUAAUUUUAGAUAGGAAAAAUUAAUUGCAAAUGCAUAUUUUGAAAGCACAGAGUUCUGACUUUAAAAUUUAGGAAAGGGGCGCCUGGGUGGCUCAGUCGUUAAGCGUCUGCCUUUGGCUCAGGUCAUGAUCCCAGGGUCCUGGGAUCGAGUCCCACAUCCGGCUCCCUGCCCGGCGGGAGGCCUGUUUCUCUCUCUCCCACUCCCCCUGCUUGUGUUCCUGCUCUCGGUAUCUCUGUCUCUGUCAAAUAAAUAAAUAAAAUCUUUAAAAAAUAAAUAAAUAAAUAAAUAAAUAAAUAAAUAAAUAAAUAAAUAAAUAAAUAAAAUUUAGGAAAAAGGCAUUCAGGCCAAUGGCAAGAAAACCUGCCUUAAUGCUUCCUGUGACCCUUAGAAUGUUAGACUAGAAAGAAUAUAAACUGGGGAAUCAGACUUGGGUUCAUUUUACCAACUGUCUACAUUGAGCAGAUUAUUUAAACUGAUACUUAUUUUCUUCAACUAUAAAACAUGAAAAAUAAUGUCUGCCUUUUCUGGGUUUAUGCCAAGGAUUAAAUUAGAUUAAAUUAUGUUGUGAGUGUAAGUACCUGGCUCAUGGUAGUUACUUAAAUGCUUUUUUGGAAAGGACUGCAGGUGAUAAGAGCUAUAGAUCAGAUUAAAAAAAAAAUUUUUUUUUUUUUUAAUUUUUUAAGUAGGCUCCACACUCAGCAUGGAGCCCAACACAGUGAGAGUUUGGAUUUUUAUUUUAAAGAGGCUUUCAUUUCUUUGACACUUAAGUGAUCUUUUAGUUUGCUUUUAACUAGAACAUCCAUGACUCCAAAUAUGUUGGAUCCUGGCUAUCCAUGUAUUACUCUAUAAUCACUAUUUCUCUGUUCUUUUUUUUUUUUUUCCGAGAGAGAACACGAGCGGAGUUGGUGGGGGGGGGAACAGAGGGAGAAACAGACUCCCCACUGAGCAGGGAAUCCGAGGUGGGGCUCAAUCUCAGGACUCCAGGAUCAUGACCUGACCUGAAGGCAGACGCUUAACCAACUGAGCCACCCAGGCUCCCUUCUCUGUUCUUUUUUAUUUAUUUUCACCUUUUACUCCAUUGUCGGUAUGUUGAUCUCCUGUUGUCUUUCUGUACAUAUGUUGGAGGAAGGGACAGAUUUCAACACAAUCAUUAUUUUUUACUAGCAGAUUAUGUGAAAGCCAGGUUCUGAAAGACUGGGUUUGAGCCCUGGCUUUGCUAGUUAUUGUGAACUUGGGCGAGUUAUUUAAACUGUCAGUCUUAGUUUUCUUAUUUGUAAAAUGGGUACAGCGGUAGUUUCUACUUCAUAAAGUUAUGAUGAGUAUUAAAUUAGUGAAAAUUUGUAAAGUUCUUGGUGUGGUACUUUGCACCUACCAAAUGUGCAGUAAACCUUAGCUUAAUAUUUUAAUGGUACUGAUGAUAUAGAUGGCUUUUAAGUCUAUAUUUUGAACCCUGUUCUCUCAUCAAAACUAGUCUUUUUUUUUUUUUUAAAGAUUUAUUUAUUUGUCAAAGAGAGCACAAGCAGGGGGAAUGGUGGGCAGAGGGAGAAGCAGGCUCCCCACUGAGCAAGGAGUCUGAUGUAGGACUCGAUCCCAGGACCCCGGGAUCAUGACCUGAGACGAAGGCAGACGCUUAACCGACUGAGCCACCCAGGUGCCCCCAGAACUGUAGUAUUUUAUCUCUAACUGCCUACUAGACAUUUUCUCUUAUUCCUGACUGCAUUAACUUAAACACAAUCUAAAAUCAAACCCUUCUUUCCACAUGGAGAUGGUCUUUUUUGUUGUGUAUAGGUGAUGUGGGUAUAGAUACAGAAUAAAUAAGCAACAUUUGCUUCAGUUAUCAAAUACUUAGAAACACUUUGAUAUCUGAGCUAAAAGUUACAGAUUCUGUUAUCAGAAUUCUGAGCAGAAUAUUUGCUGCUUCAUGCCAUGCUUUUUUUUUUUUAAACUUGAAAACUAUUUCAUUUGAUAUGGAGGACCUCAACUAAAUAAGCGUCCAAAGGAGGGGAAUAGACUAUUAAUGCCCAGCAGGAAUUCAGGAACACAGUAAAUGCCUUUCUUUUAUCUGUUCUGUAUCUUCCUGUUCAUAGGUUCUCACAUGGAAUCCCAAGAGGACAGCUGUUGGUUUGUCAUAUUUUACAGGCCUAGUGCCCUUUAAUAAACUGGUUAUGUGUUAUAUGUUGACGCUAGGACACAAAAUUGGCACUCAUUAAGUAGCUCUUAAGUAAAUAAAUUAAAAGAAGUACAAGAUAUAAGAUACAUGGUCCCUGCUAGUAAGAGUUUAUAAAUGAAGUAGGGAUGAUAAUUCCUGAAGCCAGUUAAAUAAAAAUCUAUAAACUCCAUUAUAUAGUGACAUGUCAGGAUAAGAGGAACAAAUAAUAAAUUGUGUAGACAUUCAGUAAGUGGAGGAAAAGGCUUUUGGAGUUGACGGGCUUGAGCUAGCCCUUGUAUGUGUGCUACUAGAAGAUUUCUGGUCUGAAGACGUAUAAAAACUUCCCCUUUGAUACUAUAAUAGUUCUGCCCCCCUCAGGAUCAGACUGCUUCUUGCUUUUGCUUUAAAAGAGAUUAGAUUCUAGCAGUCCAUUAUGUAAGCCAAGAAAGACCAUUUUUAUGUGAAGGUGCACUUUCAUUGAACUUGGCUCUCUCUAUCGUAUUAUAGUUAGUUGUUUAUAUCUGUCUCUACAUAGUUUCCAUAUGGGAGGCACCCCGUAGAUGUUUGUUGAAUAAACAAGAGUGUAAGCUCCUAAUGGGUAAGAAUGUGUUAUUUUUGUUUCCUCAUGUUCACUGAAGCGAAUUGAGAUUGGUGAAGUUUCUUGAGAUUGGUUCUUGGAAAAUCAGUCCUCCCUGAUUCUGUUGCUGCAGUUUAGCUCACCACACAACAGGUGCUUGAGUAUUCACCUUCCUCCAGUCCAGCGAAGUUAUAUUUUGAUGACUUCCCUUUUGACCUGGUCUAGUACUUGUAGACCAGGUCUAAUACAAAGAUUGAUCUAUAGGCAACAGCUGAAGAGUGAAAAUGAUCACUUCUGUGAAGACAGGUACACACUCAUGCACCAAUUCCCUUGUCUGAGUAAUGUUUAAAUGAAUACUUCUCCCAAAGUCAUCAACUUGCCCCGUAACACAGCUCUUCCUGGAGCACAAGUAGGAGCUCCCUGUAGAAGAUCUUUGCCCUUCUUACUCUCCAGGCCUUCCCUAAUGUCUUCUAAGAAUUUACUUUCUCUCUCCAUUAACUGUUAGUUAAGAGAAAAAGUGUCUUUGUGUAGUGUCUGGGGAUAAAUCUCCACAUCCCAUUUCCUUCUCUGUGAGCAGGAUUUCCAAUUUCCAAGCCUGAUGGGAUCUCCCAGCGGGAACAAGAUCUACAGGUCUUUGAUCUGGAAACUAAGAAUAGAGAAGUCUUAAGAGAUGACUGCUCAGGGUACAGAUUACAUUUGCAUUUUCUAUUUAUAUAUUGAAUCAGAUGGAGAGACGAGAGAAGAGAACAAGCUGUUGAUUCCUAAGCAGGAAAUUUUGGAAGAAGUACAUUCAUACAAAGUGAGAGUAGGAAGACUCAAAAAGGAUAUUGCCCAAGUUCCUGGGACUAGAGAAGUGUCUAAACCUGAGGACAGAUUAGAAAGGCUUCAGGAAAUCCUAAGGAAAUUUCUCUUCCUGGAGAGAGAGUUUAGGCAGAUAACAAUCAGCAAGAAAGCCUUCACCAGUGACAGUGAAUGUAAUGAACCUGAAAAAAGCUUCAGUCCGGACUCUACCCUUGAUACAGAUCAGAGAGUUCUUAGAAUACAGAAUAUUGAUGAUACUGAUAAGUAUGACAUGGGUGUGAACCAGAAUUCAGCUGCUGGUAAACAAGAACAAAUAAAUCUCAUACAGGAUGUUCAGAGUAGUGAAUAUAAGGAAAGCUUAAUGGAUCUCUCCCACCUUAGUAAAUGUGACAGCAUUCCUGCCACAGAGAAAUCCUAUAAAUGUGAUGCAUGUGAGAAAGUCUUCCAUCAGAGCUCUGCCCUUUCUAGACAUCAGAGAAUUCAUACUAGAGAGAAACCCUACAAAUGUAAAGAAUGUGAAAAAUCUUUCAGUCAGAGUUCAAGUCUUAGUCGACAUAAAAGAAUACACACUAGAGAAAAACCCUAUAAAUGUGAAGCAUCUGAUAAAUCCUGUGAAGCAUCUGAUAAAUCCUGUAGUCAGAGCUCAGACAUAACUCCACAUAAGAGGAUUCACACUAGAGCAAAGUCUUACAAAUGUAGUAAUUGUGAAAGGGUUUUCAGUCGCAGUGUACAUCUUACUCAACAUCAGAAGAUUCACAGAGAGAUGCCCUGUAAGUGUACUGUAUGUGGCAGUGACUUCCAUCAUACCUCACACCUUGCCGAACAUCAGAAAGUCCACUGUGAAGAGAAAGCCUAUGAAUACAAUGAUUGUGGGUUGACCUUUAUGAAACAUCAAGGAAUUCAUCUCAGAGAAAAGCCCUAUACGUGUAAUGAAUGUGGAAAGGACUUCAGAUUGAAUUCCCAUCUUAUUCAGCAUCAAAGAAUUCACACAGGAGAGAAACCACAUGAAUGUAAUGACUGUGGAAAAGCUUUUGGUCAAACGUCAUGCCUUAUUCAGCAUCACAAAGUUCAUGGGAAAGAGAAGUCCUAUGAGUGUAAUGAUUAUGAGGAAAGUUUCAAUCAUAGCUCAGAUCUUGUUCUUCAGCAAGAAGUCCUCACCAGAGAAAAAGCCUUUGACUGUGAUGCAUGGGAAAAGAACCUCAGUCAGACAGCACACCUUGGUCAACAUCAAAGAAUUCAUACCAAAGAGAAACCUUAUGAAUGUGACGAACGUGGGGAGACGUUUAGUCAAAUUCAGGCCUCAUUCAACAUCUGAGAGUUCACACCAGGGAGAAAUUAUAUAUGUACUGAAGGUGGUGAAGCCUUCAGUCAUAGCUCAACCUUAUUCAGCAUCAGAGAAUCUACACCAGAGAGAAACUCUCUGAAUGUGAUGAAUGUAGGAAAACUAUUUGUCAGUGUUAAACUUCAUCGACAUUUGCGAACCCAUACCAAUGAGAAAAUCUAUGAAUACAUUGAAUGUGGUAAAUGCUUCAUGCUAUUUUCAUACCUUAGUCACCAUUGGAGAAUUCUUACUGGAAUAAAAUUCCAUCACUGUAAUAAAUGUGAAAUAGCCUUCAGUCAAAGAAACUACCUUGUUCAGCAUCAAAUUCAUUCCAUGCAGAAAGCCUGUGAAUGUAAUAAGCAUGUAUGCGCAUGGGAGGAUUCAGUCAUAUUCCACCCCUUAUUCAACGUCAAAGAAUCCGUGCCCAGGAGAAGCCAUUCAAGUGUAGCAAAGGUGACAAAUCUUUCAGUGGGAGUUCAAGUCUUUUUCAUCAUUAGAAUCUCCACACCAGACCAGAAUCUGAUACAAUGCAAAUGGAAAAAAUGUACCUCUACAUUUCAGGCUUUACUCAACAUCAAAAUACUGGAGAGAAAUUUUUAUAUAAAAUUGUUAGCCCUGAUUUUUUCAUUGCAGAAGAAGAUAGUCUGAGGAGUGAUUUGGUGAAUGCAAUGCUGUUUCCUCAUGGUAUUCUUUUAUUUAAUAGGUGGUGUAGGUAGGUAUAUAAACUUUAUUUAUGGAGCUCAUUUAAACUAUUUUUUAAAAUAUGGCCUAUGAACAUUUUUAUUUUUCCUGAAAUUUGGUUCCUGUUACAGCUUCUCUAAGAUAUUGUUAAUACACCCAUGUAAAAACAUAAUUAACUUCUGGAAAGUAGCUCAUUUAGAUUUUUCUGCUGUUCUCAGCCCAAGUUCUCUCCAAAACAGACUCUUAGGUCUGCUGUUUUCUGAGCAUCCUACUUUCCUGUUGCUUUCCAGCCACAACACUUGGAUUCCUGUUAAUUUCUCCAUUUUCUUAGUACCUUCAAAUGAUGGUUUUCUAGUUUUAAGCUUCUCACCAGCAGGUUUGCCAUCCCUACUUGAUGUUCGUGUUCUGGUGUCUUCUUUCCUAAAGUGAAGCAUCUACCUUUAAAAAGAAUUGGAUUUCCACAUCCUGUCCAUCCAUGAGUUUGAAGGAUUCCAUCUCUACUGCGUUUGCGGCAGGCAGCUAAACAUUUUCAAAUGACACCCCACCCAAUAGCUGUCUUGUCUGCAUCCCACAGCCCUCUAAAAGAGAUAAGGACGUCAGGGAGCCAACAAGACUCCUGAUGGUCUAACUACAUUCAUUCAGCGCCUGUUCUGCAUGUCAGAGUUUAGAAUUAUUUUAUAUACUUCCUGUUGAAGGACAGCAAAAUGCUCAGGUCUGCUUUUGAUAGGGCAAAAUAUAAAGAACAUACACAGAAAAGUCAGAGAACUUCAUAAGGGAAUGCAGCUUUUCAAAAAAGAUACUGCUGUUCUUCUGUAAUCUCUCUGGAGAGAGUAUUUUAAGAGAGUGGCAGGUCUUCCUGGUAAAAUUUUAACUACUAUGAUUGCUUCUUUAUUUGUUUGGAUUUUUGCGCCCCCCCCCCCAUCAAUCCAGGACAGUAUUUGAAGUGUGGGGGCUUUGUGUAUAAUUGUUUAUUCGUCAUCGCAUUUUCUGUAUUUUACAAGAGUCUACAGGCCAUAUAAAAGAACUUGGUUUUUUGAUUGAUAAAAGUGAUCACAGAUGUCAGGAUGUCCAGAGUUCAGGGUCACUGUAAACACCUAGCCAAGAAUUCAUGAUUCUUUAGAUGUUGUCAAAGCAUUUUAUUAUAUUUUUCCAUCUUAAGUUUCAUAAUAUUUUGUGAAUAAGACAGGUGUUAACUUAAAAUUCUUAUUGUCAUUCCAGCAAGUGAGGCCUUCAUAGUUCAGAUGUUAUAAUAUUCACUAGGGAUUCUCAACAAAUAUAUAACAAUUUACUGCUUAUUCUGUAAUCCUCUUAUGGCUAAGCUCUAAGAUCGUUCUACCACCGUAUUUUGCCUCUUAGCCAUCAGCAAGCAUAGGAUCUUAUCAGGGCAAAGUAGAGAUCUAAAUGAAUUGAUUUAAAUGUAAAAGCAAAUGAAAAAUGCAUGUUUUUUUUCCAUUGUUUAUGAAUGUGUAUGCCCUUAUGUACAGAGACCAAUGGUCACUUCUGGUGAUUAUGAAACAGAUUAAUCCCUAAAUAGCAGAAUAUGUAAAAAUCACAUGUAUGCAUUUGGUUUAGGAAUGUGCUUUUGUACUUCCACUUGAAUAAAGGUGUGUUUGAUACUCAGAA